UCAGAUCACGCGGCCGCGUACGUGGUCAAGUGGUGGAUCGCGACCGAGACAACGUGGCCCUUACCGAUUUCAAUUUUGGUCGAAACAGUAUCGAUUUGCAAAUCAUCGCGUCCAAGUUGAAACAUGUGCGGAAUUUGGGCGCUCUUCGGGUUAGAUGUAAAUUUGUCUUGCGUCUGUGACAACUUUGCAAAAAUAUCCCAUCGCGGACCGGAUGCUUUUCAAAUCGAAUACGAUGCUCGCGUCAAGAACUGCUACUUGGCGUUUCAUAGAUUAACCAUCGUCGAUGGUCUUCGAGGUAUGCAACCGAUGAAAUUAUGUCGUUAUCCUCAAAUCUUUCUUUUGUGCAAUGGAGAAAUUUAUAACUGUGCAAAAAUUAGACAAACAUACUCGUUUAAAUAUGCAACGGACUGCGACGUCGAAGUUAUAAUGCACUUAUAUGCGAAUGGCGGUCCUUACGAUGUAGCCAGACAAUUGGACGGGGUCUUUGCCUUUUGCUUAAUGGAUAUCGAGAAACGAAGGAUAUUGAUCGGGAGGGAUCCUUACGGAGUCAGACCUUUAUUCCGACUACGGAGCGACGGUGGUAUUUUAGCAAUCAGCUCUGAGAGUAAAGCAUUAGUCGGCCUUUCGAAACGGAUAACUGGCCACUGGACUUUGGAGCCAUUUCCACCAGGUUGUUACGAAGAGUAUGAAAUCUUACCAGAUGGUUGCACGAGACUCCUGAAUUCUAUCAAGUAUCAUAAGCCUGGAGAUAAACCUACUUUCGCUGUCUUUGUACCAUGGCCGACAUUGGUUGCAAAAGAUGUGCACGAAAACAUUAGGAAUUUAUUAAAUGCAGCGGUAGAAAAACGUUUAAUGGCGGACAGACGACUGGGAUGUUUAUUGUCCGGUGGCUUAGAUUCUAGUCUCGUGUCUGCUUUGCUCGUUAAACACGCCAAAAGAAUGAAUUUGCGUUACAAGAUUCAAAGUUUUGCUAUUGGGAUGGGAAAUAGUCCUGAUAUCGUAGCUGCCAGACAGGUAGCCGAUUACAUAGGAACAGAACAUCAUGAAAUCGUUUUUACGGUACAGGAUGUUAUUGAAGUUUUGGACCAAGUUAUUUAUCACUUGGAAACCUGUGAUAUUACUACUAUUCGUGCUUCUAUAGGAAUGUAUUUGAUUUCGAGAUAUAUCAAGAAAAAUACAGAUACUACAGUCGUGUUCAGCGGAGAGGGAGCGGAUGAAUUGGCACAGGGUUACAUUUAUUUCAGAGAUGCACCAAAAGCAUCGGACGCUCAUAACGAAUCUUUAAGAUUACUUGAAGAUAUUUAUUUGUACGAUGGCUUAAGAGCGGACAGAACCACCAGUGCAUUCAGUUUGGAACUUCGUGUUCCGUUUCUGGAUUUACAAUUCACUAGUUACUACCUCUCGUUAGAUCCCGCUUUGCGGCAACCUCAAGAUGGAGUGGAAAAACAUCUACUGAGGUCUGCUUUCGAGGGAACGGGAUUACUUCCGGAAAAUAUAUUAUGGAGACACAAAGAAGCUUUCAGCGAUGGUGUAGCAUGUAUCAAGAAGUCUUUGUUCCAAGUAAUUCAAGAAAUUGUGGAGGAUCGCGUUCAGGACGAGGAAUUAGAAAAGGCGAAAACAAUUUACCCGCACUGUACACCUAAGACGAAGGAAGCUCUCUAUUACAGAAAAAUAUUUGAAUCUCAUUAUGGCGGAUUGGCUGAAAGUUUUACGCCGUAUUAUUGGAUGCCACGAUGGGUUAAGGGCGUCACAGAUCCUUCAGCUAGAUUCAUCAAACACUACUCCGCUAAAGACGAGGAAAAACUUGCGGAGUCAAAGAAAUAAUUACAUGUAUAACAAUGUCAUUGUUUAUUCAUGUCUUUUAUGGACAGUGUACCGUUUACAACUUUUAUAAAUGUUUAAAAAAUAUGCCUAUACGGGAAGGAGAAUCAUUUAUGUGAAGAAAGUAAAGGAAAUGUAAACAAGA